AUGCUUUGGGAUCCCUCUACCACGUUCCAUGUGCUCUCGGCAUUCUCUCAACAUUCCGAAGAAAUUGAAUCCAUCUUAGCCGUCAUCAACGGCUUUCUGGGUGCGCUCAGGACGAAGAGUUCCGCCGAGUUCGACAAAUACUGCGUGCGAGCGGGAGGAAUGUCCCUCUGGCCACCUUCACCGACCCUCCCUCGCUUCUGUACGAUUGGAACCUUCGUUGAACAGGUGGUCAAGAUCGAGGAUGAGAUCGAUGAGUGUAUCUGGGACCCUGAAGUGAAAGUGUACCCUUCGGGUAGCCUGGCCGCCGUCUGGGCCCCUUUCCGAGCAAAGGUCAACGGUGCUGUGCAUCAUGUCGGCGUUGAGCUCUUCAUACUUCACAAAGUCAGCAAUACAUGGAAGGUGACUGGAGUGGCUGAUUCGUGUCGAGAACCGACUGAGGAGGAAAAGAUCUGGUUGCCUUGAACGGGCGGCAUUCGAGGAUAGCGGGAAAGUUUUGAGACGCGAAGGUCCCGUCCGAUUGAGAAAAAAGACUGGAGAAGGGGAGUUGCUUGUCUGAGAUUUGCAUGGUUUAUCUCAAACUCAGGAGGCUCGCA